GUGCAUCCUUUAACCUAUUUGUAAUAUUAGAUGGCGACAAUGUAUUUCCGGUUGUAUCAGGGACCUCAACACUGAACUUUCUGAAGACCUGAAGUGAACCCACAACAGUCACUCGUAGAGGCCGGGAGACUGAGAUGUUUUGGUGUUUUUAAAGAGAAUUGUGACUUCUGAGUACUGAACACCGUAGAAUCUACCAGUGAUAUGUGCAAACUUAAAAAGAGUGGACCAAGUUUGCACAGAUCCACCACAAGUAGUGACUGCAUUUAUUGGCGCCAUUGGCGUCCAUGUUAGCCAAUCAUAAUGUUGUUCCCGGCAGUUAAUUCAAAUUGAAGCUUUGGGAGGUUUUUUUAAUUGGUUAUAUAUAAUUUAUGGAUAAUUUUCAUCACAUAUAAGAUCAUUAAUUUAUAGCAACUUCUUUGUACAUAUCAAUUCUGUAUUUCUGUGUCUUUUAAAAGUCAGUAUUCAAUUUCUCACUUUAUUUCACAAACAUGAUAAGAUUCCACAAUUCGUCUGCAAAUACCUACAUAAUGUGAAAUAUAAAUCAAAAGCAAACCUUAUCCAAAUACAUUAUUUAUCAGACUUCCCUGCAAACGUUCACACCUUUUUAUGAAACGCCGGCCCAAAUUUUCGACAUCCUGUAUACACUGUCAUGAUCGUGUGCAGGAUUGGACAAAACAAGAUGGAAGACGGCAUUUCCAAACAAAGAACGACAUGAAGUUGAGUACACGAGAUUCAAUAUGGAGAAAUACAUGUCCAUGUGCUCGCAUUCGAAUCUACACCAUUUGGACCAAAAUUUUCAAGUUCCAUAGUAAAGAUUUUCAAGACAUGGAUGACAUGGCUGGUUGGAAGAAUUUGAUACACGCACAUCUAGGAUGUACACUAAAGCACAGAGUACGUGAAAUUAAAUCAAACAUCGAGUUUGUGGAUUUAGGACUAAAAACAGCCUAUUUAUUGGACUUUGGAGUGAGCUCAUUACAGCCUUUAGUUAAUCUGAUAACGGAUUUAAAGAAUCAUAAUUAUAUUCAGUGCCAUCUUAAAGCUUUGGAAAUAGGAAUGGACUAUGUUGUUGUCAAUUCAGAGGAGUUUCUCAAUAGGCAUAGUGAAUUAGACAAAUUGGUGAAAUUUGUAGAUAUUUCAUCCAAUAUAAAAACACCAAAGAUUUUAGAUAUGAAUGAUGCCUUGAAUAAUGUCAAAGCCCUCUGCUUUUCUUUAGUGAGCGAAAAUGCUGUAAGUAAGACAGAAACAGACGUAAAUUUGUCGUCUGUGUUUGGAGUUCUCAUUGGAUACCCUGUAGUGUACUGGUUUGACUCAGACAGUCUUAAGAGCAUGGGGAAUUCACAAGUUGUCCAACACGUGGAAGUUGUUGGCAGAAGGAGUGACAGACAGACAGAUGUUGUAUACUCAUUCAGCUAUCCUGAUUGUCUCAUUAUGUUGGAAAAACACAUCAACAACUGGUUUGAAAACUGGAAAGAAAUGGGGAAAUGGAAAAAAUUGUUUGAAACUAUUUUGUUGAAAUGUGAAAGAAAGACACUUGUUUCCUUGGUGCUGUAGGUUUAUUAUCUGUGUUUAGUUUUAGUGAUGUGUGACACAGUAAAGGUAGAUCGCAGCGUCGUGAAGUGCUUCAGGAGUGUAGUAGUGCAAGAGGCGCUGUUUCCACACAGACCAGGACUGGGCAUCGGUCAGUUUAGGAAUUGGUCGAUUCAGCAGUGUAAUCGGGGUCCCUGUCUCGUAGUGUUUGGCCACCCAUUCCACAGCUGCCUUUAUACCAUUAGCUCGGGUGUCCUUCAGGCAUACACAUGUAGUUGGUUCAGGAGGGGUCAUCAGAACUUCCGGCCAUGAUGUCUCAUAAAUCUAAGAAGAUACAUGAACACAGUAACGUCAGGAAUCAUACAUAAUUUGUCUUUAAGAUUUCAGUGAGGAUUUAUCUGGUCUCUCAAAUACCAACAUAUACACUUCACAGAAUUGGGUUAAACUGUCUUUAUUGUAUUUUAUAUAUAUAUUGGACCUCUGCCAGUUAAUGUGAUUGUGUUUAUGCCAUUAAAUUAUUAAUUUUGUACUAGA